ACAGUGUAGCUUUCGCCUACAGGCACUCUGACCUGGCGCGGUUUUUGGAGCGCUUAGGUGAAACUAGAAAUUGAGCAUAUACAUUACAACACAAGUAUUAGACUCUUGGUAAGGGAGACCAUUACGCACGGCCGCAACAACUCGCACGGGAAAAAGUUUCAAACCUCUACUGAUACUAUCCAAGCUUUUUGGCCCGCGACUUGGUUCAUACCAGUUUUUGUUUUCAGCAGAGCAGCCGGCGAUAGAACCACAAGGCAGCACAUUUGAGAUUAUAUCAAGAACCAUGGACGAAAACCAUACUCGUCUCAAAAGACAACGAUCGUCCAUAGACCACUUGGAUGUCGGCGAGUUCCAGCGCAUGUUUAAUUUAUUCGACAAAAAUAUGGACGGUGUUAUUGAAUCGAGCGAAAUCGAGCAGUUUAUGCGGUCACUAGGUUACCAUCUUACCAAGGAUGAAAUCCGGGAUAUUAUGGCGACGUAUGACCUCAACAGUUCUGGCACAAUUGAAAUGAACGAGUUUGUACCUAUGGUGAAAGGCAGGCUGAGAUCUGAGUAUUUAGAGGCAAUAGAACUGGAAAUGGCAUUCAAGGUUUUUGAUCGGGAUAACAACGGGUUUAUCAGCAGAGAUGAGCUUCGAAACGUUCUCCGUACGAUGACGGAAAACCCCACUGAGGAAGAACUGGACGAGAUGAUGCGCGAGGCAGACACAGACGGUGAUGGACAAAUCGAUUAUCGAGAGUUCGUAGCGAUGUUAACGCGAGAUUAACUGCUUCCUUUCCCCUUAAGUAUUUAGGGAUCAAUAUAUAGUGUCGGGUGACGAAAAAACAAAGUCUGUCUGAUAACUUGAUUAUUUUUCGUCCAAAACGAAAAAUCUCUGUUUUAUAGAGUAGAGUGGGGGAAGAUGGGACCUUUUAUCUUUAUUUUCUCGUUCCAUUAAGUAGUAAAAAUAGAAUAUUCAAAGAAAUAUAAAUCGUAUACUCACGACUCACAUAGACCAAUGUUAAUUGUUUAAAAUACAAUCAGGAUGUUUGGAUAUUAUGUGUUAAAGGUGUCCCAUCUUCCCCCACUGUACUAUAACUUGAAUAUUUUCGUCGUGGGUGUAUAAAUAAAGAUAUAAGAGGCAAUAACGUCAAAAUAGAUGGUGUCAGAAACUAAGGUACGUCUGAUAAAUUGAUUAUUUUGCGUCGUGGUGUAUAAAAAAGACAUAAAAAACGUGCAUAACGUUAAAAUACGUACGUAUAAAGUGUCGGAUGACGCCAACCAAAAAAAUCUUUUGUUUUAUAAUUAAUUUUUUACUUUUUAUGUCGUGGUGUAUAGAUUUAGAAUUAAGAGAGCGUGUAUAUGGUAAAAUACUUUUUAUGGUGUUUUUUUGUAUAUUAUCUAUAGUUCGCCAUUAUUAUGAAAAAUGUCCGGGUCGCAUUUCGUUUUUAUAUUGCCCGUAUAAGUUAUGCUGGUGCUUUCUGCUUUGCAGUAAAAUAUAAGACGCCUAUAUUUUAUAACGCGUGUGUAAUUACCCUAAUACAUAUACGGACGAUAUA